AAAAUAAUCCACACGUUGAUGCUACCUGAAAAAUCACGUAACCCCGAUUUUCCCCUCGCUAGGCUCGUUUUACGUGACACACGUAAAAAUAAUGUGAAAGUGUACUGGCAAAAAAAUGUUUUCACGUUGAUGUUACGUGAAAAGCCUUAUGGUAUUUUUCCACUAGGGUUUUCCAUGUAGUUUUUAUGUGUUUUGAAAUGUAACUUCAACGGAACUCGAGUGCGCCAUUCGGCGAAAUUUCUACGUGAUUAUUUUAGUAUGAAAAUUGAUGGCGUUCGGUUAAGAACUGCUGCCGGACUUUUGGUAGCAAAAUUUUAUCGAAAAUGUAACAGAUGAUGUCUAGAAGAAGCAUCUUUUUUCUCGAUGGCCAUUGGCAUUCUGGCCGGUGAUAUCACCAGCGGGGACCUAAAGGACCCCUCGAAGGCGAUCCCAGGCGCAAUCUCGGUCAUCAUCCUGACGUCGAUUUCGUCCGUCGGAACGGCAAUUGUGGCCGAUGUUACUGUGGUGAUUGACGCCACCGGAAAUGUUUCGGACUUGGCCAACGGGUCGUGGAUCUAUGCCGAUUGUGCCCCGGAGAAGUACGAGUACGGAUUACACAACUCGUUCCAGGUCAUGGAGUUGGUAUCUGGUCCAAUCAUCUACGCCGAGUACGCCGAAAAGGGUUUCUCCGCUGUCAGCAGAAUCGGCAAACUUUGACCACAUAUCAUAUAUGAUAUAUACACAGCAUACAGUGCAGUCAUCAGUUUAUUUCCGGCAAGAGGCAAAAUUACAAAGUUGUGUACAGUGAAAUCGUUUCAAAAAAGUUGAAAAAGUAUAAAUAAAAAAAGUAUCUGCUAAUUAAAAUUAAUUCUUCUUAUUUCCAUUCGAAAAAAAAGAAACUAAAUUCAGAAACUACUACUAUAAAGUUCAUAUAACGCUUACUAAAACAUACAUGUAGAAAUCAUCGAUUGAUUCAUUUAGCUUUUACGUGUGAAACACGUAGAAUCAACGUGAAGGGAUCUUGCCAAACAAAUUCCGUUUCUACUAGGGUCACCUCGUAGAAGUUACGUGAAAACCCUAGUGGAAAAAUACCACAUAGCUUUUCACGUAACUUCAACGUGAAUAAUUUUUUG